AUGGAAUAUCGCGCAGCAAAAUCCGGCUUUGCCCGGGAAGUUCAGAUUAGAAUUAUGGAGAAGUACAAUGGCGAAGAAGCAGCGAAGGCCCUGAAGUGGAUUAGACUCCUUCAACCUGCUGAAGGCAUCCCAGAGGUUCUGCGUGAAGCAGCCCUAAAAAUACCCGAAAACGUAUCAACAGUCAAACCUGAGGAAUUUCACGAUUUACUAAAAGAUGGUCUCGUUUUUGGCUAUCUUAUUGGGUGUCUUAAGCCUGACGAAAUCACACAGCGUCUCGGGAAGGCCAUGUGGAAGGUAUCGGAUAAGCCCAUUUUUGAGACGAGCCGACAGCGCGAGAGAAUAGGAGCUUUCAUAAACUUCUGCCAAGAGAUGGGAGUUGGUUCAGCGUCCACCUUCCAAACUGAUCAGUUACAUGAACAGACAAAUCUCCCACAGGUUGUUAUCUGUCUUUCUCAACUGGGCGUCGAGGCACAGGCAAAACCGGGCUACGUGGGACCGGAGGGAUACUGGAUGCAGCGUCAUACGGAGAAUAAGCGCAAUUUCACCGAGGAACAACUGAAGCAAGGCGAAUCCGUGAUCGGUCUUCAGAUGGGCUACACGGGUGGCGCAAACCAGUCUGGUAUAAGUUUUGGAGCCCAACGAAAAGUAACUGACAUGUAUUGA